CAGAUGCCUAUUUUGUCUAUGAAUGGAGAUUUUAUAAUUGGAGGGAUUUUCGCCAUUCAUUACUACACGAAUUCAGGAGAGAACACCUACACCAGGCUGCCACCACGGCUAAAGUGCUCUGGGAGCAUGGACUUCAGACAACUGCGCUUCGCUCGUGCCAUGGAAUUCACGAUCCACGAGAUCAACAACAGAACCGAUCUCCUGCCGGCCAUCACAUUAGGCUACCAGAUAUACGAUUCGUGCUCUGACGUGCAAAUGGCAAUUAAAAUUGCUUUACAGUGUGAAAACGGUUUGGACCCCAUUUUCAACGACACGGGUUCUUGUUCAAAAUCUGCAGCUGCCACUGUACCUGCUGUCGUAGGAGAUUCUACUUCCUCUACGUCAAUUAUCAUGGCCAGAAUGCUCGGUCCUUUUGGAAUUCCACAGGUGAGUCACUCUUCAGCCUGCGCGUGUCUGAGCGAUAAGAAUCAGUUUCCUGCCUUCUUUAGGACGGUACCUAGUGACCACCACCAAGCGGCUGCACUGGCAAAAAUGGUGAAGUAUUUCGGCUGGACAUGGAUUGGAGCAGUGCGCAGCGACACGGACUACGGAAACUACGGAAUGGCAGCGUUCCUAAAAGCUGCGCAGGAGGAGGGGAUCUGUGUGGAGUACUCCGAGGCCUACUACAGGACACAACCGCGCAGUAAACUGGAGAGAGUGGCAAAUGUCAUCCGCGCGUCCACGGCCCGGGUAGUGGUAGCGGUUGCUCACCCAGGAGACAUGAAAUUGAUCUUUGAGGAACUGGCAUGGCAACCUCUGCCUCCGAUUCAGUGGAUAGGCAGUGAGGCUUGGUUCACACAUCCAGACUUUCUGCGUUUUAACAUUUGCUCCGGCGCUUUAGGUUUUGGAGUUCCCCGGUCAAUUAUUCCAAGUUUUCGUGAGUUUCUUUUAGACCUUUCUCCAGAACAAGUUUCCAAGUCGCCCUUAUUAACGGAAUUUUGGGAGAGCUCGUUCAGCUGUAGCCUAAAAGGGCGGACAGGCGUGAGGGAACGUGACGGCAGUGAGGACAUCCGCGCGCUACAGAACCCAUACACAGACACGUCUCAGCUGCGCAUCACUAACUUGGUGUAUAAAGCUACAUAUGCCAUAGCGCAUGCACUCCACGGAGUCAUCUGUAAUGAAAGGCCAUGUGACAAGACCAUUAAAUUCACACCUUGGCAGAUACACAACCAGCUUAAGAGAGUGAAUUUCACCACAUACAAUGGUUAUCAGGUCAACUUUGAUUCCAACGGAGAUCCCGAAGCUGUGUAUGAGCUGAUAAACUUGCAGUUUACGAAAGAUGGCAUAUUAGAUUUUGUGACAGUGGGCUACUACGACACAUCCAAACCAAAAGGACAGGAGUUCAAAGUCACCAGUGCUGUAAGAUGGUUUGGAAGACGGACAGAGGUGCCAGUGUCUGUGUGCAGUGAGAGCUGUCCUCCAGGCACCAGGAAAGCUGUGCAGAAGGGAAGGCCUGUCUGCUGCUUUGACUGUAUACCAUGUGCAGAGGGAGAGAUCAGUAAUAAGACAGACUCAGUGGAUUGUGUGCGCUGCUCUCCUGAGUUCUGGCCAAACACCAAACAAGACAGCUGCUUCCCCAAGCUUGUUGAGUUCCUGUCCUGGGAUGACACUCUAGCCAUCAUUCUGACUGUGUUCUCCAUCACUGGAGCCUUUGUGGCUGUGUGUGUUACUGCUGUUUUCUACAAACACAGGGCGUCUCCCAUCGUCCGAGCCAACAACUCAGAGCUGAGCUUCCUUUUGCUCUUCUCUUUGACUCUGUGUUUCCUCUGUUCACUUACCUUCAUUGGUCGGCCCUCUGAGUGGUCCUGUAUGCUGCGCCACACAGCGUUUGGGAUCACCUUCGUCCUCUGCAUCUCCUGUGUUCUGGGGAAAACAAUAGUGGUGUUAAUGGCCUUUAGGGCUACACUUCCAGGCAGUAAUGUCAUGAAAUGGUUUGGACCUCCACAGCAGAGACUCAGUGUUCUUGCUUUCACUCUUAUUCAGGUCUUUAUUUGUGUCCUUUGGUUAAAAAUAUCACCUCCUUUCCCCUUCAGAAAUCUCAAGCACUACAAGGAAAAGGUCAUUUUUGAAUGUGGCUUAGGUUCAGCUGUAGGUUUCUGGGCUGUACUGGGUUAUAUAGGAUGUUUGGCUUUUCUAUGUUUUAUUUUGGCUUUUCUAGCACGGAAGUUGCCUGAUAACUUUAACGAAGCCAAAUUCAUCACAUUCAGCAUGCUCAUAUUCUGCGCAGUUUGGAUCACCUUUAUUCCAGCUUAUGUCAGCUCUCCUGGAAAAUUCACUGUAGCUGUGGAAAUAUUUGCUAUUCUCGCCUCAAGCUUUGGUUUGAUUGUUUGCAUUUUUGUUCCCAAGUGUUUCAUAAUUGUUUUUAGACCAGAGCACAAUACCAAGAAACAUGUUAUGGGUAAAGUUCCCUCUAAAGCUCUCUGA